UCGUUUGUUUUGACCUUUCACACCGUCGCCUGCAUGCUGCUAGUAGAAUCUGGUCAAAAAAAAAACGUGGCUAUGUGCUAAAAAGUUAUUUCAUUCACUAAACUUUGCUUUGGCAGUGUUGACAUUUAAAUGUUGUCUUCGGGCUGUAUUAUAUAGGCGUUGAGUCUUCGACACACUGAAAGGAUGGGGAAGCCGUCCAAAAAGAGGAGCAUUGCGGACAAAGUCCGCAAAACCAAAACGUCCAACGAGAUCAAGAAUAAUCCUUUUGAGGUGAAAAUCAACAGGAAGAAAUUCGAUGUGCUUGGGAGAAAAAGCAAGCAUGAUGUGGGCCUCCCUGGGGUCUCCCGGUCCAAAUCUAUCAAGAAGAGAAAAGAAACCCUCCUGAAAGAAUACCAACUCAAGAACAAGUCCAACAAACUGAUCGACAGACGCUUGGGAGAGUAUGACUCCAAGAUAGCUCCAGAAGACAAGAUCCUCCAGAGGUUUGCCAUGGAGAGACAGCGUGCCCAUGAGCGGAAGGACGUGUACAACCUGAACGAGGAGGAGGAGCUGACCCAUUUCGGACAAUCACUGUCCGAAAUAGAGAAGUUUACCGACAUGGUGAACAGUGAUGACGAGUCAGAGGAGAGAGGCAUUUUAUCAGCUGAGCUGACUGCCGCCCACUUCGGCGGGGGAGGAGGCCUCCUCAGGAAAAAGACCUACGGGGAUGAAGGAGGUCCCAAAGCUAAGUCCAGACAGGAGCUGAUUGAGGAGCUCAUCCACAAAUCCAAGCAGGAAAAGAGGGAGCGACAAGUGCAGAAAGAGGAAGCACAGGAGCUGACUGAGAAGCUGGACGAAGAUUGGAAGAGCAUCCAGGCUCUGAUGGUGCAGAAGAAGCCUAAAGCUCAGCAAGAGGAGAAGCAGGAAGAGGAGAAACCAAAGCUGGAGGAGUACGACAUGAUGGUGAGGGAGCUCGGCUUCGAGAUGAAGGCUCAGCCCUCUGAGAAGUUGAAGAACCCUGAGGAGCUUGCCAGGGAGGAGCGGGAAAAGCUGCAGAAACUUGAGGCUGAUCGACUGAAGAGGAUGAUGGGAGAUGAAGGAGAAGCGGAAGGUACGCGGCAUAAGGGCCACAUGUCGGCUGACGACCUCAAUGAUGGUUUUGUCCUGGACAAACAAGUCAAAAACACCUUAGCCUAUGAGGACGGCAAAUGGAACAUUGAAGAGGAGUCGGCAGAAGACAAAGAAGAAGGCGAUGAAGAAGGAGAAAGUAGUGAUGAGGAGGAGGACGAUGAUGAUAAUGAGGAUGCAGACAGCAAUGAAGAGGAUGCAGACAGCAAUGAAGAGGAUGCAGACAGCAAUGAAGAGGAGGAUGGUCAUUCAGACUUGGAGUCCGAGCGGGAAAGUGAAGAUGAAGCGGAUGAGGAUGAAGAGCCCGGUGCCAAAGCAAAGAAGAGCCUGAGCGAAGAAGAGCGAAAGGCCCAGCAGGAGGCAGCCAAAGCAGAACUUCCAUACACUUUUGCUGCUCCGGAAAGCUAUGGUGAUUUUAAAAAGCUGCUUCGUGGCCACACCCCUGACAACCAGCGCCUCAUAGUGGCCAGGACUCAGAAGAGCAACCACCCAAGUUUGGCUGUAGGAAAUAAACCGAAGCUACAGAAACUAGUUGACUUCCUGUUGGAGUACUUUGGAGAACUGGCCUGCAGGAGUCCUCCUGAACUCACCACCAUUGACAAGCUAAUACCAGAGUUAUACACCCUGUGUCAGAUGUUUCCAGAAGAGGCCUGUAAGAGCAUGCAGACCAUCAUUAGUGAUGCUGCUCAGAGCAUGGAGGAGGAUGUGGAGGUCAAAAGGCAUGCAGCUUUCCCAACAUUAGACAUGCUUAUUCAUCUGAAAGUGACGGCACUGCUGUUUCCCACGUCGGAUUUCAGGCAUCCUGUCACAACACCGGCGCUCCUUUAUAUUGGCCAAGCUCUCACUAAGUGUCCAGUGAGAUCAUUACAGGAUGUGACAUCAGGUUUAGUCCUGUGCUGUCUGGCUGUGGAGUAUGUCUCCUUUUCCAAGCGCUUCUUGCCCGAGCUCAUUAACUUCCUGACUGGAACGCUGCACAUGGCCGUGCAGGACAAGAGCUCUCCAGGUUACAUAGUCGUUCCACCUUUUAGGCCCAGUGGGAAGCACAGCGAUCUGUUGGUGCUGUCAGACGCUGAAUCCUGGAAAAGCUGGGACAACAAAAGCCAGCUGCCACUUUCUGCUACACAGCACCUUGCGUUGAAGGACCUCGAAGGAGAUCACUUCAAGUUGACGUGUGUGUCCACCUGCAUGGACCUGCUGAAGAGAUGCUGUCUGCUCUACAGCGACCUUGCCUCCUUCAGGCACAUCUUCCAGCCAAUCAGAACGCUGCUUUCACAACACCUGUCUUCUCAGUUAUUACCCGAGCCUUUAAAGGCACUGCAAACAGAGAUCCUGGAGGUUAUCAACAACACUCCUGCUGCUCUUAGCCGCUUGGUUUUUGACAAGAAGAAGCCUGUCCCUCUGAAGCUGUUCACACCCAAGAUUGUGGAGGUGUUGGAUUACGGCAAGAAGCGUGGCGUCACCAAGGAGGAGAAAGAGAAGGAGCGAGUGCGUCACAAGUACAAGAGGGAAUUCAAGGGAGCGCUGCGGGAGAUCAGGAAGGACACGCGCUUCCUGGCCAGGGAGAAGCUCAGCGAGGCCAUGAACAGGGAUGCCGAGAGGAAGAGGAAGGUGAAGGAGCUCUUUGGCAGCUUGGCCACGCAGGAAGGAGAGUGGAAGGCCAUGAAGAGGAAGAAGAGGAAGUAAACCUGGAAACUUCAAAUGGUUUUGUCUUUUUUUUUAGCUCUGUCAUCUAUGAAUUGGUGCACAUUCAAGUAGACUGCAACAUAAUAAGCUUGUUGGAAUCAGUAACUUGUCCAUCACCGAAAAUAACUAUGGAGUCCUUUCAAUCCUUUUUCAUUGCCUAUUUCGUAUAGUUGAAACUAACAGCAUUUUUACAUCCUUGUGCUGAUAAACAUCCAAUGUUCAAUUACUGCUGUUUCAACUGAAGGCUGCAUAAAACUCCAAUGUAGGACGAUUUGAAGAAGAAUCCACAUCUUGGCUUUGUGUUGCAGUUGACAAAGCAAAUAUUGUAAUGUUUAAUUACAUUUUAUCUUUAAAAUAUACUGAGGGCCAAUAAAAACGAGUUGCGGGCGGAAAAGGCCCCAAAACAGCUCUUUAGACACAACAGUUUUAAAAUGUUCAUUAGUCAUACUUGGUAAUGUAUCAUGUCCAAUUUCAAAAUAAAAAUAUUUACAUAAAUGAGCAAAUAUUCAAAGACUCGUGUGUCAGGCUUACAGGCUUUAUAAAAAACAGGGAUCUCUAUUAGAUCUACUUGAAUAAACAUUUUUAAAUUAUAUUUAUUUUUUCGGUAGAAAAAUGUGUAUUAGGACUUUUUUAGAUUGUAUGUAUUCCAGUUGGGAAUCUUUGGUCACCUCACGUUCCGAAUAAAAAUCUAUUAUGGAUGCGUCUUUAAUUGAUGUAGAUUGAUGCAGUUUUACAUUUCGUUUCACUAAAUAAGCGUUUCAUUUGUAACUUUUAAAAACAGUGCAUUUGUAAUAGAUUCAUUGCCAUCACAUUCAUUAAAUUAAUGGAAAUGUGUGCAAAACUGUACCAUAAGUGCCCGAUAAUAAAAGGAGCUGGUCGGCUCUCCCGGUGAGGUGGCUCCCUGAAGUCAGCCACAUUUUAGAACUGUUUGCAUUACUUUUUUUUCAAUAAAUAAACCGAUUUACAUUUACUAAUCGAUUUUAUAAUUGUCCAUGUCGAAUUGCAAUGCAUCCAAAAAUCGACUUCCCUCACCUAGUAUGUAAAGUUUAAAAUAUAUUUAUAUUUAAAAAAAAAAAUAGCAUUUGUAUUUUAUAUGAAUAUAAUUAUCAUUGGUACUGAAACAUUUUAAUGCAAUACAAUAUUUUCUUUAGCAAAUGUCGCUGGAUGCUUGGUACUCUCUUUAGUUUAGUAAGCCAACACCCACCAAGAGGAAAUACAUUAGUUUGUAAUUAGGAACUCAAUGAAACGUUACUACAUUUUAUUCAACACUACAAUCCAAA